AUGUAUUUGACUGUAUCCUUAUACAGGGAGAAAUUUGUGAUAGACUACCAAAACCAAGAUAAAAUUUCAGCAAACCUUGCCCACAUUCAGCAACAACCACAGAGUGCCAAUCGUACAGAAUUGGAGACAAAGUUCAAACAAGAAAAAGAAGAAAUGGACAGGCAGCUUCUGUCUGCUGCUCAACAAAUUCUACAACAAAGACUGUCUUUAGCAAGCAAACAUAACGACACAUUGGGAAUGCUGGAUAAGUUGACAAAGCGUGUUGUUGAUGAUGAAUUGAUUGCCUGGACACAGAAACAAAAGUUGGCACUGAAUGGAGCACCAUUUGACACUUCCAUGAUUGAUGUGCUUCAGAAAUGGUGUGAAGUGUUAGCAGACCUUAUCUGGCGUAACAGAAUGCAGAUAAUUAAAGUAGAUUUAUUACGACAGCAAUUACCAAUAGACAUUCCUCAAGGUCAAACCGACCUUCAACCAGAUCUUAACCAUAUCGUAACUGGUCUACUCUCCAGCCUUGUUACCAGUACAUUUAUAGUAGAGCAGCAGCCUCCUCAAGUUUUGAAGAAAGACUCAAGGUUUACAGCAACUGUACGACUGUUGGUAGGUGGUAAACUCAAUCUUCAACUCACUCCACCGAGAGUUACAGCUACAAUUAUCAGUGAGCAGCAGGCAAGAACAUUCUUACAGAACGAGGACAGAAGGCAGCAUCAGAAAUGUGGAAAUAUUUUAAACAAUGAAGGUCUCAUGGACUAUCACCAGCAUUCUGGACAACUGAGUAUCACAUUUAGAAAUAUGCAAUUGAAGAAUAUCAAGCGUGCAGAUAGAAGAGGGGCGGAGGGACAUGCAAGUAUUACAGAGGAGAAAUUUUGUAUCUAUUUUUCAUCGGACUUUAAUGUUGGUGGUAACGAGUUAAAGUUUCAGGUCUGGACCCUGUCAUUGCCAGUAGUGGUCACUGUACAUGGGAACCAGGAAUGCCAGGCUACAGCAACUUAUCUUUGGGACAACCAGUUCUCAGAACCAGCAAGAAUACCCUUUCAAGUGCCGGACAAAGUUCCUUGGUCAGAGGUGGCUAAAAUGCUGUCUACAAAGUUCUGCGCAAUGACUGGACGAGGUCUUAGUGACAUUAAUCUUAAAUACCUGGGCAAUAAAUUGUUUGGUAUGAGUGGAACUGUAGACUUUAGCAGUGCUGUUGUCUCCUGGACUCAGUUUUACAAGGAAAAUUUACCAGGAAGAAAUUUUACAUUUUGGCAGUGGUUCUGGUCAGUGGGCAAACUGGUAAAGGAACAUUUAAAGGAGCCGUGGACAGAUGGGUCAAUAAUAGGGUUCAUGGACAGAACUGAGUCUAGAGAUCAUUUGUUGUCCCGACCUAAUGGAACAUUUUUAUUACGGUUCAGCGAUGGGACGAAAGGAGGAAUUACGAUAGUGUGGGUAGCUGAUCAGCAAGAUAAACCCGGUGAAAGAAUGGUAUGGAAUCUGGCACCAUUUACAAGCAAAGACUUUACAAUCCGUGGUCUGGCAGAUCGUAUAAAGGAUUUGACUUCCCUAGUUACCCUGUAUCCAGAUAUUCCCAAAGACAACGCCUUUCAGAAAUAUUACUCUCCACCUACUGCAGACUUGGCACCCAAUUUGGUGCCAGGGGGUUAUGUGAAAACAACCUUGAUCACCACGAUUGAUGGUCAGCUGCCCACGGGAACAGGGAUGAAUGAUUACCCACAAAGUCCCCAAUAUUCUGGACCAGGAUCACCGCCGGUGUACCCUGCUCAAGCUAUGACUCCACAAGGAGGUGCAACGGCAAUGGAUGGCGCGAUUGAUGACUUGGACUUUGUUGGAGGAGUGGGUGAGGAUGCAGACUUGAACCGGAUCAACGAGUGGCUAUCCACUCAGGGUAGCUUUAACACUGAUACCAUGAAUACUUGAGUCGGAGAUCAGCGUUCAUAACAAUGAUUAUUCUGUCAUCGUGGUUGAAAGUGUGUACUACACAAAAGAAACAAAGAGUGAUUAUGUUGUUCAUGUGGCGAAAGUGAAUGUUUGUUUUUUCGUAAAACAAUAAAUAAUUGCUUGAAAUAACUCUUAAACUUGUGAUUAAAAAAUUUAUCAAUUUCAUAAUUUUAAGAAGAAAAAACACUUAAGAGUCUGGAAUAUUUUAAGAAAAAAAUAUAAAAAAAAACAACAGUCGAAACCUGGUCACACAGAUUUGCUCAAGAUUGCACUAUUUUAUUUAUCAUUGUUAUUUUAAGGAAUUUUAUUAUUUUAGGAAAGUGCUUAUAUAGCAUAUACUGUAUAAAAGAAUUACUCAUCAGAAUUAUCUAUUUCAUUGCUUAAUACUUUGAUGCACCAAAGGUGAAAGGAAUCUGAAAUGUCUUAGAUUGAAUAGAAUAUGUCUUAGAAUAUAAUUUAGAUACUGAAAUUGUACUACAAUAAAAAAAGAUAUUAAAGAAAAAUCAUAGACAUUAAGAAAAUGAUAUGUAAAAAAGUGUGUGAUAUAGAAAAUGUAGAAAUACGAAAUCUGUAUGGAGUUAAUCAAUUAUAAUUAAGAUAAGAGCCCAUUGUGAUAUACAACAACGGUUCAAUAUGAUGUAUACAUAAUAUGAUUAAAUGUACUCAUUUUAUGUUAAUUAUUGAUUUAAUAGUUAAAGAUAAAUAAGUUGAAGAUAAAUCCUGUAUUUAUAGAAAAAAAAACUUGAAUUUUCCAUUUAUUUCAUAUAUUUUUCUCCUUUUAGACAUCAUAAUUAGAAAGAUUUCCCCUUUAAUUUUGUGUAUUGGUUAAAUUUGGAAAAACGUAUUCCAGCAAGACACCAGUGAAAAUAUGGAAAAAAUGUUUCACUUCAGUGAAAAAUAACAUUUGACAGUGAAAAUAUGGAAAAUGAAAAUACACAUUUUAUUUCAUUUAUAUUUCUCAAUCUUUCAUUUAUAAGUAUAUAAAUAAUUAUUACUUUUGUCCCAUCUGAUGAGAAUAUUAGGCAUUUGAUACUUUUAUUUUUGAAUUUUUAGGUUGAGGUCUUUGAAUUAUGUCAUUAUAACUAAGGCAUUAGUAAUUGGAUCUGUAGUAGUUAAUAGUGAGUGUACAUAAUAAUUUUUGUUUGGUUUUUUUACCUUUUCAUUAUUUUUAUCGUCUCUGUACUUUUUAUUUCAAUUUUAAAAAACCUUGCCAAUAUAAAUGACACUUUUUGUAUCAAUUGCAAAAUUGACCCACUGCUGUGCUGUCAACCUGCUUUUGUUGUUUUAAAAAAUUGUAGUUUUUAUCAUCUUUUAUUUUUCUACUUAAUGAAUUGUCGACCAUAUUGUUUGUUCAGAUCUCUUUGUCUCUUUUUCAGGAAAAGAAACACAGUUUAUUAUCACCUUAGUGUAGUAACGGGGUAAACCCUCAUGAAUUAUAUAAGGAGUUAAACCGUUACUGCACUAAGGUGACAAUAUGUAAGUUUGAACUUUGUCUCUUUUGUUAGUUGAAGUGAGGAAAUGUCAAAGAAAAUAGAAUAGAGGUCAUUUUGCCAUCAAAUUAUGUCCCAUUUUGUUACCUUUAACACUUUUCUCUGUACGUUUUUUUUUGUAAAAAAAAACUUGUGUAAAUCUUUUUUUAAUGUUAAGGAGGAAAUGCAUGCAUGUGGAUAUUCAUACAUUUCAUGUAUAGUAUAAAUGCGUUAAGAUGACUUUAGGGUACAAGAUAUGUGUCAUACUUUUUUAUAAGGAAAGGUUUUGAUUUUUCUACUAUUUUUCCAAUGUGAAUUGCUGUGUUCUUGCUGAUUUAUACUUUGCUCACUGCUUAAAGGCACGUUAUGCCUCAAAAACAAAUGAAUUUUACUGCUAUAGAAAGGGAAAGCAUAAAUUUUUAUAAUGUUUAAAUAAUGGUUUUAGGGAAAUGUUACAUGAUUGUCUCCUGAAAAGUAGCGAUAAAUGUGUAAUACAUGUAUUUUUUAUAAAAGUAGAAAAACGUAAAGUAGUAGUGUUUCUUCCAUACAAAAUCCUAUAUCACUGGUACUACUCGACAAAAAAAAGAUGAAAAAGAUGGUUUAGGUAAUUAGCCAAUGAGUAACUUUUUGGAUACUAUAUAGUACACCAGAAUUAAAAAGCUUUUGAGAAAUAAAAAUAAAAGCAUUUCUAAGGUAUAAUGGGCCUUGAACUUUUAGCCUCUUGAAAUGGAAAGUAAUCAGCCUUUUCCAUCAGUAUAGAGUCAGGCCAGCCUGUACAUCCGUAUAGUCUGACCAGCCUGUACAUCCGUAGAGUCAGGCCAGCCUGUACAUCCGUAUAGUC